AUGCCAGCAAAUAUUGCGGAUGGUUUCAGGAAAUUGUCCACUGAGCCAGGUCGAGGUCUAAACGUUCCUAGAGAGCGGUCAAACGCAACCAAUGCCGGUGCUACUGCUAUAACAGAUGUCGUGCAACGGAAACUUGGGACAAGUCACCGACCUACGUCAAAUCACAAGUUCGCUCGAGGCCGCGCCGCUACAAAACGCGGCAGCAGGCACGACGGAUUUGAGGCGAGGAGGUCCAGCCAAAUGGUUACUAUCCCGAAGACUCGAUUCAACCAAACUAACGACUUCGCUUUUCGUCCGGCGCACCUUGGAAGUAUUCCCGCGGAAUCCUUCGGCCAAUCGAGGACGUGUCGGACGGCCCCGCUCCACUCGGACCGUGAAUUAGAUGAUCAAACUAUCUCCGCAACGUUGGACGGGCAUUCCACAGGCGCGGAUGGAAUUUCCUCGCCGAAUCAUGGAAGUGGGUGCGGAGACGCCUCCGCACCGUCCCACCGGGGUGAAAAAUCGACGGAGUGCUCGCACCGAGUGAAGCGACAUGCCCCAGAGGAAACCACCUCUACAAGCCAAAAACUUUUUGGAAAGCCCGAGCAACCGCAGUUUAUCGGUCGCGAUUGCGACACCACAGAGAAUGCGACAUCACCCCGACGACAGGCUCACCGACCGUUUGUACCGAACCCAACGCUCUCCUCACGAUCUACACUACCGCCGAAAGAUACCGCGCUCUGUGGAGAGCAGUGUGGUCAAGAGGAGUUGAAAAAGGUGACCGCUUUUGGUUUUGAAGGAGAACGAUCCGAGGUAUCGGCUCGCCAAGGGGCGUCACAAGUUAGCAAUGCGCCGAAUCAAAUAACUUCCGCCGCGGUACGAACAAACACUCCGUGGACAUUUGAUGAUUCUAUAACCUCGCCCUGUCACGAGAACCAACCGAUCGGAGGUAAGAUUGCCGCGGCGUAUCACUAUGAGGACAGGCAACGAGACGCUCUUGCUGUUGGACAAUCGUUAGCUCAGAAUCGCGCGAUUGCCGAAAAUCGAUCUAGUCCGAGACCGCGGGAAGAAAACGAGCGUGCCUACACUCCGCAAGAACAACAGCAAAUGCAUCAUCAGCGUCAACGAUGUCGGAAUCAACAAGGGGGGUUCAAUGCUCCGGCACCACAAAGUUCACUAGAUGCUUAUCGUCUCUUACAAGAUAACUUGCUUCGUCAGCGGGAAAUGCAGCGAAGAAACUGCAUCGAGCAAAAACGGAUGAUGCAAGCACAGCAAAUGAAGGCCCAGCCAUGUUCUGACCAAAAUCAGUUGAUGUUACCGAAAACAACGUCUAUAAAAUACUCGUGCAACGAUCGCUGCAGUCACCCCGGAGAAAUACAAUCUGGGAGACGCUUAUUGCCCCCUGCUCUAAUUCCACAGAAUAUCUUACGUUCGAAUACCAACGCGAAUCAAAAUCAAGUUUCACCCCGUCACACACUCAUGUACCAACAAAACUCCUUAGGUCAACACUGCGAUACCAACCCACAACGUGUCACGGUGCACGAAGAUCGAGCCAAGAAUCCCCGACGUGUCACAUUCGACGGGGUGAAACCGCCCGAAAGAUGGGCAUAUGGCGAUCGUGAAACACCAUGCUCAAAAUAUGAGUCGGUGACUUGUCGACACGCGCAACAAGAACAAAAACCACCGUGGUCGCAACAGUUCUCUAACGUCCAACCACAGCAGCAAGUUGCAAGCAUCGGGUUAUCAGGUAAUCACCGCGACCAGAUCGAACGACAGCGAGAUGAUGAAAAAUUUCAGCAUCAACACCAAUCGGUGCGGGGACAAGAAACAGAAGGGGGCGAACAACAACAGCACCCGAUGAAGGAGGUUCAACAAAUUAGACUUGAUUCUCUAACGCAACGAUCACGGGUCGAAGGAAAAAAGAAUCCUGAAUUCACGGUAGAGAUGAUUCGUGACCAGGAGCUACUGGUAGCGAACCUGCGGCAGCAAAAUAUCCCCGAUGACAUAAUGAGACGUCAGUUCAAUACGCUGCUUGCCGAUCAAAGGCGUUAUCUUGCGUUUCUUGAAGAGCAAAGGGCACCGGAGACGAUCGAUGUGAAGCAAUCCCGUGCAGUUGGCAAAGUGUCGCCUCGAUGUCAACAGGCCUAUUCGAUGGAAAGGACAUCGCACGCUAAUACAGCGAUUCAUCGAGGUCAAGGUCGUGGGACCGAUGUGAAUCAAGAUUGCCGAACGGGAAUGCCGGGUCAACGAUCUCCGGUAGUUCCAGAAAAACCGUCGGAUCGGCAGCGGCAUCACUUGCACGAUCACGAAUUAUGCCAUAGUGAGUUCUGGCCUUCGCAGCAAAAAGCAAUCACACCGCAAUCGUACAACGUUCCUGCAGGUAUAAUCGAAUCAUCGGUACAUACCAGUUCCGGAUCACCACCGUUACGGGGCAUAACGUCCUCGCGGACGAGAGUUGGUCAAUUAAUGCCACAUGAGUUUAGUAAUUUGCGUCAAGACCAGAUUCAUUGGCGGCCGCAGUAUCCUGGGCUCACAACGCCGGACUCUCAACGUGUCUCCAAAAUAGAGUCUAAAGAGCCUUCGAGCUUGCUAAAAAUACGGGAAUACAAUAAGUAUAUCCGGCCGCAGAGGCAAAAUAAUGGAUUGCAAGAAUUGAGUUCAGAGACCAUGGGAAAAGCUUUGACGUGUUCCGCGGUUAACAAGAAUAUCGGAUUUGACUACCUAGUGGGUAUCGACAAGAAAGUUGCGACGGUAGGACUUAAUGGUGCUCAGGAUCCGAGUGAACUUGAGAAAAUUAUGCCACUGCCUCCCGAAUACCGGCGACAACGGUGCUCUCGGGUUUCGGCGAACGGGCUGUGUGACACCCGCAAUUCCAACAAGACAGCAUUGACCUCGAUUACGGUGUCCUUACGUAAGAAGACCGAUCCCGCCGAUGACCCGGUGCCGUUCGGAUAUCCGCGACAGUAUUACUCUGGUGAAAAACGUCGUACGGGCGAUGCUCCAUCGUGUAGUCGCAAUGCGAUUGCCGAGGAACCGAAUCGCAGCGUCCAAGGUGCGAUAGGUAACGAAUACCGCGGCGACGUUAACGAUGAGAGUCAGGUAUCCGUUGGUCACAUUCCGAGCACGCAGCAGGGAAUCCAUAAAACUGAAUACGCAACGCAGUUGCAGAGUAACGAGAUUAAUGACUCGAUGAAACCGUCAAGUUAUAUCCCGACAAUUCCUAACAAGUUGGUAGGUUUUUUGCAGCCGCAGUACCAGCAAAACUUGCGGAACACGGAUGGUUGUGGAGACGUGGGAAUGACUAUUCACGAGCCUCCUACGGCCGAAGUUAAUACUCAGAAUCGGCCGGCGAAUCUAUCAUUCGGCAAUGGGGGAGGAGAUAUCGCACGCCCGGCGAAGCAAGAGCUCCGAUCGGUUACUUGUGCGCGUGCAGUGCCAAAUGAAGUAUCGUUAAUAACCGAUACUGGCCAACCGAACUGCGAGCCCGGCAAUCGCGCACAUCAGCCGGUGGCACAAGAUUCGCCAAAUAUUGCCCUUCGCCUGGCAAGUGAACCGGGUCAACCAGAAAUACAAGAAACAAGAAUCAUAGGCGGCUUUACGUAUCUGGCGAGAAGAUUCGAUUAUGUUCGUCAACUCUCUCCGAUCGCGCCUAGUACGAUCAAGCAAGGCCUUUGAUGGAAAAUAUUGAACAGACGCUAACGAUCGAAGACGACGUAUGGGAUUUUAUGCUGUGCGAGCGGGCGGAACUCGUGGAAAAGAGAGAGGAAGAAAAAGAAACGGAGGUGAGAGUGAAGGUGAAGAGAGAAAUAGAGGAAAAAGGAAAGGAAAAAAAAGAAGAGAAGAAAGAAUAAAAAAUAUAAGAAAUGAAGGAAAAAAGAGAGCAGAAAAAUAUAAAAAGAAAAAAGAAUAAGAAAAAAAAAUAAUGUUCAGUUAUAAAUUAUCAAAAAAGAUAGAUGAACAAAAAAAAUUAGAAUAUAAUAAAAAUAAUUCGGAAUAAAUUCAUAACGGUUAUGUGCUGCAUUAUUCACAAUUUUAUGAAUAAACAUCUGAAAGAUCCGUACUAUUUCAAAUUAGCCUCAUGAUUGAUCGAUCUGAACUAUGCGGAAAUCAAAUGUUGCUUCCAAUUUCGAGACUGACACAAGGUGCAUUCCGAAAUAUACUUUCAGUACUGCAAGUACUGGUAACCGCGUUCCGAAGCCACGCGGCAGUUUACUGUCGCCAGUCAGUUACAGCAAACAUAGGUUUGCUCUUGUAUAAGAAAUCUUCAAAAAGAAAUAGAAUUCAUUACGACAAAGCAAGCGCGAAGCGCGAGCAUCAGAGGCGCGAAGCGCCGACCGCGGCGGGGUUGGCGCGCGAGGCGCGCAGGAGCGAAGUCCCUAGUAGUAUGAAACAUUCCUAUUACACGUACCUGUGAAAAGUAAUAUCUGGAUGAGAGCCAGAAUGCGAUUUAAAAUGUAUGACCUGUUUAAUUUUUUUUUGUUCUUCCAGAAGGUAUCACUCACGUCAUGCCCCUAAUAAACUGUUAAUUUUCUUUUUCUGGGAUUAUUACUUAAUUCAUUAUUUUCAUGUAAAGUACUACGUGUAAGAGGAGAUUUAUUGUACUGUAUUUUCUCUUCAGGUAUGAUUUUGGUUUAAUUUAGGAGUUCUUAUUAUAUGUGUGUUUAUUUUGUACAUUUAUUAUAUUAUUGUUUGCUUUCCCCUUAAUUUCUUUUUCGUAAAUGGUUCGUGCAGUCAGCUGUUUCUAGAAGGGUGUCAGCUCCUGAUCCUUGUUGGUGUGCAGCAACUACUUCCUUCAUGUCAGAUUUCUUCAUUCGUAGGAAUCAGGUCAAGUUCAUGAUGCACAGAGGGAGGUCAAUUAUGGGUCAGCUACACAGACAAGAAAAUUAUUUUACUUAGAUUUACAUGUUGUAACGGGUGUAAUAGAAAGAAAGAAGAGAGAGAAAGAAUAAGAAGAAUGGUGGGGAAGGAAGGUGGAUUUUGGACAUUGGACAAUAAGCUAAUGGUGAGAAUGACAUAAGGUGUUAAGACGUAAGGGAGUCGAGCUCGCUCAGAAAUCGAUCACUCAAAUUUUAAUAUACCGACGUAAACAACAGUUAUAAAUCCUAUUACAUAGAUGAAACAAGAAGUACAAUCGAAAUUCACUACGAUAUUAUACAACAACUGCCCAUGUACGUUCGAGAUUUAUUAGCAACUGUAGAAUUAGAAAAUAUGGAUAAAAUACUUCAAGUAUUAAUUAACUUAGAUAUAAAUGAGCAAAAUAGGGAUAAAAUUGAAAAGCAAAAUAAUAAUUCGUAUCUCCCCGUUCGAAAUUCAAGUACCUAUUAUAGAAGUAAUAAUAUAAGACAAUACAAUAAUAGCUCAUAUCCGAAUCAACAACAAAGACAUUCAAAUAGGGUAGGUCAAAUCAGUAACGAUGUAUGCAUUGACACAAGCAUACCACCACCUCCAAUACCUUUUCGAAACUAUAAUAACGAAAUGCCAUCAUCAUCGGCUAGUUCUUUAAACUAGGAAGCAACGCGAUAAAAAUAGGUCCGUCAUCGCGUUGGGAUUUUCAUGAUUUCAUUUCGGACCUUAAUAAAGAUGUUAACUACGAUAAUAAUCAUGUGUCGAAAGAACCAGAUUCAAUGCAGACAGUAACCGUACAAUUGAAAAUUAAAAUAUUAGAAAAAAAUGUUUCUGCGAUAGUCGAUUCCGGGAGUCAAGUAUCGUGUAUCUCGCAAAUUUUUUUUAACAAAUUAUCUGAAAAUCGUAUACUUAAUACACUGCCAGUAAAUAAUAUCCAUAUUUCGACUGCAGUAAAAAACAAAAGCGUCAAAGUAAAAGAACAAGUAUUAUUACAAAUUUAUAUUAAUCAUUACAUAGAAUAUCAUGCAUUUCUUGUAAUUCCUAACUUAUCAACUGAUAUCAUAUUUGGUCACGAUUGGUUAGUAAAAAAUAAAGUAAAAUUAGAUUAUAACAACGAGAGUAUUAAGAUUAAGAAUAUGACUGUCGACCGGGAUUCGGUGUCAUUCGGUCGAGCCUGGUUGGAAAGAAUAUUAUCAAAUAACAAAGAAGCUACAUGUUUAUAUAUAAUGAAAAGAAGUAAUCACAAUUCUCAUAUAAAUAAAAAUAAAAAUCACAUACAUACAGUAACCACUAUCGAUAACAUAGAUGAACUGACAAGCAACGACAGAGUUGUGACUCUUGAAAAUGAUGAAAAUAAUAAUGAACACUAU